CGCCGCGGGCGCUGCGUUACGCCCUCGCCCCGACUCUGCAGGUCGGCGGAGCUGGAAGCCGCUAGCCCCGAGCAGGAGCAGCCGACCGAGGCCCGGAGAUGCCCGACCAGGCUCAGGCCGACGAGGGCGCAGCGGGCUGCGGCGGCGUAGUCGAGCUGAACGUGGGCGGCGUGUUCUACACGACGGGUCUGAGCACGUUGACGCGCGAGGCCGACUCGCACCUGGCCGGCCUGUUCCGGGACAAGCUGAGCCUCGAGCGCGACGCCAAGGGCAAGUACUUCCUGGACCGCGACGGCGUGCUCUUCCGCUACGUGCUCGAUUUCCUGCGCAACCAGGCCCUCGUGCUACCGGAGGGCUUCCGCGAGCGCGAGCGGCUCAGGCAGGAGGCCAACUUCUACGGACUGGCCAACCUCCAGAGGGCCAUCCAGGACUCGCCGCCGGAGCGCGUCUCCGUCAUGUCCACGGGCCAGAAGCGGGGCUUCAUCACGGUGGGCUACCGCGGCAGCUUCGCCUUCGGCCGCGAGGGCCUGGCCGACGUGCAGUUUCGCAAGCUGUCGCGCAUCCUGGUGUGCGGCCGCGUGGCGCUCUGCCGGGACGUGUUCGGCGAGACGCUGAACGAGAGCCGCGACCCCGACCACGGCGUGAGCGACCGCUACACCUCGCGCUUCUUCCUCAAGCACACCUUCAUCGAGCAAGCCUUCGACAUGCUGCAGGAGCAGGGCUUCCGGCUGCUGGCCAGCUGCGGCAGCGGCACGGCCGGCGGCGCCACCGCCGAGCUCAAGCCCGGCGUCGACCUCGAGGAGAACCGCUGGAACCACUACAACGAGUUCGUAUUCGCCCGCGACUAGAGCGCCCACGGCCCGCUUCGAAGCGCGCGGGCCCGCGCUCGAGACCAGUACUUUAAUCCGAGAAUAGACGGCCCGCUGAAUCGAUCGUUCCAUCGGCGAGAGCGCAUCGGAUCGGCCGGUCCGCGGCCCGGAUAGACGAGGCUGGCGCAAGCAACACGGAGCCCAGCGAAAUAUGCUCGUUGCGCGCGACGUCGCUACCGGCCAGACGAAUUUCGUAGCCAGCUGCAAAGACAAAGAGGGAAGGAGAGCUAGGAAUUAGAAUGCACAGAGGCG